AUGCCUCUCGUAACUUCGUCUGACACGGCUCAUCUCAUGAGGGAGACGAUAUCUCCACGCAAAGCCUAUGGUUUCCUACUAUUCACGAGCAUACUUUCCAUUUGCCUUUUGUACAGGCUGUACCGGAAAGCCCUGCCGAAGCCUAUCCCCGGCAUUCCGUAUAACCCAAAAGCCCUCGGCCGCAUCCUUGGUGACCUACCAGAGCUUGCCAGUGAGGUCUUGAAGACGGGCGAUCUGGCUACUUGGCUGCAACGCCAAGCGGACCAGCACGACUCUCCAGUAUGCCAGAUUUUUCUUCGUCCCAUGUCGCCACCCGUGGUGAUACUGAGUGACUUCCGCGAGAUGCAGGAUCUCUGCAUGCGGCGGAAGGAAUUCGAUCGCGGACGAAUCAUCAAGAACAUUUUCAAAGGUCCUACGCCGAACCACCAAAUCACUCUAGAACUCGGAGACGAGUGGAAAGCCCACCGUCGACUGUUGCAAGAUCUUAUGUCGCCCCCCUUUUUACAAGAUGUCGCGGCACCGGCCAUCUACUCGAACGUGACGAAUCUGAUCGACCUUUGGCAAUACAAGACGCGGAUAGCUGACGGUAGACCAUUUGAUGUCUCGGAGGAUAUUUUCUACGCAGCCUUGGAUGCCGUUACAGCCUUCUCGUUCGGCGGAGACUUCCCACACAACGCUACAAAACCUGUAGCAGAUCUUAUUCGAGGCCUCAAUAGCACCCAACUGAACGAGCUGAGGGCGUCCGGAACCAUCGACGAUCCGAUUACGUUUCCUUCAGUGGAAUGUGAUGAGGUACUCUCAACCAUCCUUGACGUCACUAUCGCCAUCGAACGGUUACAUGGCUCGCCCUGGCCUGUCCUGAAGUGGAAAAUCAUAGAAAAGUUUCCCCCGGUCAGCCGGACGAUGAGGCUCAAGAACGAGUUCAUUGUUGGAGAACUGAAUAAGGCGAUGUCCAGGCAAUUGGCAAACAGCGACAACGACACAUGGAUGCGGUCGGCUGUGGAUCUGAUGGUGCAAAGAGAAAAGAAAAUAGCUCAGGAUGAUGAGAGGGUGCCAGACUUCCUUUCGCCUACAAUGAGAGACGAGUUAUUCGGCAUCCUUACCGGAGGCCAUGAUACAACUAGCACGACGGUGCUAUGGGGUCUCAAGUUGCUAGCAGACCACCCGAUGAUGCAGUCAAGACUCCGCACCUGCAUGGAGUCAGGGUACAAGGAAGCGUCAAAAAAUGCCAGAAUACCUUCUGUGGAGGAGAUUAUGCAGAUCAAAGUUCCCUACCUUGACGCCACGAUGGAGGAGGUUCUCCGUUGUGCCGGGAGCAAGUCUCCGAAAGCCGGCGUAUGA